AUCUUCAAAAAAUGGUUCCUUUUACACAUUCAACCAUAUCCAUCCUAGGUAUUGAUUGGGCACACCCUCAGUUCAUGACUGCAGCAAAUGGGUACCUCAGAUACUUGCAAAAGCGAACAACCUUUGAUAGAACCACCCCAAUCCGAAACUGGGAGCAAUUCCACUGACCCUUUGAGGCAAAGUUUGCGUCCUUAUGUGUUUGGGGUGUUACAUUGGAUUGUUUCCUUGGGGCUUAUUCUGGCCAUGGACUUUCUCUUGAAGAAAGCCUUUGCUGCUGCUUCAAUUGAGUUUCCUAGUGCCGUGUUUGGGAUGUUCUGUAUAUUCUCUGUUUUGGUUAUUCUUGAUUAUGCUGUGCCUUCUGCAGCUGUGGCCUUGGUGAAUUUCUUUGAACCAGGGCUUAUGUUCAUUCAGAGAUGGCUCCCUUUGUUCUAUGUUCCCUAUUUGGUUGUAAUACCCCUUUCUGUUAGAGAUAUUCCCCCUUCUGCUGCCAUCAAAAUUUGCCUCAUUAUAGUUGGAGGAUGGCUGGCUACACUUUGUGUUGCGGGUUUAACAGCUAUAGGGAUUAGGAAAGCUGUGAAGACAGAAUUGAUAGAUGCAGGGCCUAUGGAGAGAGCCCCGCCAUUUUCUUCCACCGAAGUUUGGGCAUGGACUGGGGUUCUCCUAAUAUCCUUUAUUGUUUCAUUAGUUUACCCAACAGCAUUGGGGACAAGAGCCAGAACCUUCCUUCCAUUCUUGCUUGCAUCCACAGUGUUAGGCUACAUGGUUGGUUCUGGAUUGCCAUCAAAUGUGAAGAAGAUCUUCCACCCAAUAAUUUUCUGUGCGGUGUCUGCAGAGCUAACAGCAAUUGCUUUUGGGUUUUUAUCGAACUUAGGGCUAGAUCCUGUUCUAGGAUAUUACCUUACAAAUUCCUCGUCUAAUCCUGGAGCUGGUGACAUUCUAAUGGCAUUUCUGGGAUCUGUUAUUCUCUCAUUUGCCUUCUCUAUGUUCAAACAAAGAAAGCUUGUAAAAAGGCAUGCUGCUGAGAUUUUCACCUCUGUCAUCAUCUCAACCAUAUUCUCAUUGUACUCAACUGCUCUAGCUGGACGCCUACUCGCUUUAGAACCAUCUUUAACCAUAUCCAUUCUACCCAGAUGUAUAACGGUAGCGUUGGCUCUCAGCAUUGUCUCUUUUUUUGAAGGCGCCAAUGCAUCUAUCACAGCAGCUGCAGUUGUAGUAACUGGUCUGGUUGGAGCAAAUUUUGUGCAAUCAACACUUGAUAAGCUCCGUCUCCGCGAUCCAAUCGCUCGGGGAAUAGCAACCGCAUCUAGUGCUCAUGGGCUUGGAACAGCAGCUUUAUCUGCCAAGGAACCUGAGGCUUUACCAUUUUGUGCCAUUGCUUAUGCUCUGAAUGGUAUAUUUGGAUCUGUACUUUGCUCAAUUCCAGCAUUCAGACAAAGUUUGCUUGCAAUUGUUGGCUGAAAUUGUGAGUACCUGGAUAUUACAUAUCUAUGUAUCUUCAUAAUUUUUGGUUGUUGUAUGGGCAGAUCUUUUUUUUUUUUAAUGUAUAAUUUUUAUAAUUUAGUUAUUGUUUUCGUUAUAAUAUUAUUUUAGCUCAGUACAUUUUAAAAAAUUUCCUAAACCAAACAGGUU